GGAUCCGCCAUUUUGCCUCAAGAAAAGAGACGGUUCUUUACAAAACUUUGUAAAAAGUGACGUAAUUUUGACGUCAUAAUUUCUAACUUGAUGCUUCUGAUUCGCUAUCGAGCUCAGUGAGACGUCAACUACUAGUUUUUAAACAUAAGGUUUCAUUGAGGUUUCAAAAGAUUUCUUGCAUGCUAACGUUGGAGUGCGAGUGUUAUUGAUGAAUAUUUUUAACGGUUCAUAAUCAUAAUGGGUGUGAUGCAUUUUGCUAAAAUAUUAUUGUAAAAGCUGCAUUUUUCUGCUGCUCCUUGUGCCUAAAAUUGUUCAUGCUUGAAUCAUAGUGAGAGCAUCUCCAUCCUGCCCGCAAUGGAGAAGUUCACGUUUUGUCUGCGCGGCGGCCUCGCUAAGCGGCUGGAGCGGCUCUCGACGAGCCACGGGCCGGGCUACCUGGACUACCUGCUGGAGACGCACACCCCGGACGCCGACCUGCCGCCGCCGCCGCCGCCCCGGCCCGUCACCGACUGGGCGCCCAAAAUCGGCGUCGACGACCUCACCAAGAGCAUCGAGAUCGACGUGGGCUCGCAGGUGAUAGUGGUGAACCUGUCCGACUUUUACAAGCCGCGUGACGCGGCACAGCUGUUCGGCACGCCCACCGACGAUGUGGCCAACGGCGCCGCCAGCGGACUCGACCUGCUCGCCUCCACGGCCAACAUGUACCGCAGUCGCGGCGGUGGCGGCGGCAGCGCCGGCAAAAAGUUCGGCGCACCCAGGUUCACGUGCCCGCUGUGCCAGACCAGCUUUAUCCGCCGGCGCGACCUCGACAAACACGAGUGUGACGAUGACGAUCCGGCGGCGGCCGGCGGGCGCAGCGCCGGCGGAGCUGGGGGCGAGCCGCGAGUGCCGCCACUGGUGGUGCGACCGACGAAGCAGCAGCAGCCGCGGCGGCUGGAGGACUCGAGCUCUGACGAGGACGGCGCCGCGUCCCGGCCUCCGGCGCCGCCCCGCCGGCUGCUGCCGCCGCCGCAGGCCGCCAAAAAGCGACAGGACGGCAAGAAGGAGGCGUACGUGUGCCGUGUGUGCCAGUCCAAGUUCCGCGACCCUCAGUCGGUGCUGCACCAUCUCAAACAGUUCCACCGCGAGCACGCCAUGAAGGCCUGGAGCAAGUUCCAGGAGAACCUGCGGACGCGGCAGCCGGAGCCGCCGGCCGGCCGGGGUCGCGGCCGCGGCGGCUCCUCGGCGGCCGUCCACGCGGCGCGCACAGCCGACACGUUCGCCGUACGCUCCGUGUCGGGCGCGCCGAUGAAGCUGAAGCUGUCGCGCUCUCAGCAGCAGCAGCAGCAGGAGCUGCGGCGGCGCCAGCAGCAGGAGGAGGAGGGCGCCGAGCCGGAGGAGUACGCCGUGCUGCCGUCGGAGAUCCCGGCGCUGCGGCCGGGCCAGCGCGACCCCAUCUAUCACCAGACCCAGUAUCGGGUGUACCAGCCGCCCGACCCGAUGCCGCUGCCGCGCGCCAGUCCCCCUCUGGACACGGGCCCACCGCCGGCCAGCACCUCGCCCGGCUACGUGACUUGCGGCGUCUGCGGCGGCACCAAGUACUACACGUACACCGAACAGUGCCGCAUGUACGGCUCGUUCGCCUGCGAGGCGUGCCGCAAGUUCGUGGCGCGCCAGCCGCAGACGCAGCCGGUGCAGUGCCAGCUGGGACUGGGCCAGUGCCACAUCCCGGUGCUGGUGCCGCGCAACUCGACCGACACGCGCUGCCGCGCCUGCUGGCUCAAAAAGAGCCUGCUGGCGUUCAACAUGCCGCAGGAGAAGCACGACCGGUUCCGCGAGUGUCUGCCGCCCAGCAUCCGCGACACGGUGCCCACGUUUGCCGUGAAGCCGUACAAGGAGAUGGGCGUGUGCGAGAGGGACACGCUCGAGUGAAGGGGCCGACCGCGCCGGCCGCCGUCAGGAUGGUGGUGAAACGAAGCAAGAAAUGCGAUCGACCGAACUGGGUCUGUGUCAGGAGUGUGAACGACCGAACGAAAGUGUUUGGUGGUGUGUCUGUUGACAUGGUCAUUGAAAGGUAGGGUAUCCCGCGUUGCUGGAUGCUGGAAUAUGAGAGACGAGCCAGAGAGGCAGCGCGAUGUGGGCCCGAAGGCAACUGUACAAAGAUUAGGUUAAGGAGCGUCUUGUGAGGCAGGUGUGUAGUUACCCAUGAUGGCGCUGCCCGCCGCAGGAUGCUGCGACUGCCCGGUAUUAUCUAUGGCGCUGCGCCGAUGUGUCGGACGCAGGGUGUCUGGGACGAGGCUCCCCGGCUCUGCUCUGCGUCAGUGAGUCAGCGGGUGCCAGCUGCUGGGAGAUAGGAGCUAUGUGUUGGUCUUGUAUCUCAGUAGGGUCAUACUGCUGCGUUGAACGGUAAAUUUUUGGUAAUGUUGGCAUCACCAAACUCGUGUGCACAUUGUUGGUUACUUGUGUUUUUGGAAAGGCAUUCGUCGUCAUGUAUAUCCAUUUUGCUUGCCUUGUUUCUCACGUUUUGAUUGCAACUGGUAACAUUUGGUCGGCAUUUUUACUAGGAUGCGUGGGGCACUUGUCUGUCAGCUGUGUGUGCGUAUGCAUACACACAUUGUCAAUGAGUAACAGCAUGGUUCCGUGCAGCGUGAUAGUGCUGGAUGAAUUUUUUGCUCUCAAUAAAUAAGCGACCUUGUUCAAAAA